CCAAUCAGUUACUCCCACCUGUCAUGACCAUCAUGUCCUUAUCAGUUGUUAUGUAUGAAAUUUCCUUUAUUCACAGGAUAUCAUCCAAGCCAAGCCUUCCAGACUACCAAUAUCCUCGCAGGAAUUGUUUAGCAUCCUCGAUGAUGCUAGUGAAAGAACAUUUUUAUGUGCUGGCACAGCUGAAUCUAUGCAAACGUUCGUUUUUUAUGGAGAAACUACGAAAGACAGCACUGACUUGAAGAACCUUGUUGCUACUACUAGCUUCCUUCUUGAACAGAAAUUGGUAUUUGCUUUUACUUUUUCCCUCGUUACUUUUGGUUAUGUCAAUUCCUAUCAGUGGAUGCCCUUUUGUUUACCUGAAAAAGUAAGUUUGCACUGUAAUCCAAAUUUUGUACAACUUCAUCUGGAUAUAAGGCAGGAAAGAACAAACAAACAUGUUGGGGGCGACAUUGAUAACCAAGCUUUCUGUAGCUUCAACCAAAAAAAAUUCGCUUUUGCAAAUAAAUGCAUUUUGCUGAAGAAGGGAAUUAGUUUUUUUCCCUUUUUGUUUGGCAUCCUCUCCAUAGUCCUCUUCGGCUUAGGUGUUAUUUCUAACUUGAAUAUAUCUCUAAAGUCGUUAUGCUUUUAUAACCAGAUGAAAGCAUGGAUUGCUGACAAAGAUGCAGAGGCUUUGAGGUGUCAGAAGCUCCUUGUGGAGGAGGAAGAGGCUGCACAGAGAAGACAAGCACUGCUUUUAGAGAGGAAAAGACAGAAAAAGCGUCGUCAGAAGGAACAGAAAGUGAGGGAACAAUUCGAUGGAUGCAAUGAAGAUUUGAAUGUCAUUGUUGAUGUAGUAGACAGACCAACUUCAACUGAAGCAUCUGGGCCUUCAUCACCUUCAGAUUCCAGCUCAAGCUUAACCGAUAGGCCGACAAAUCUCGAUUCUAUCUUAGAACCAAUGCUGCCCCAGAGCAAGGAAUCAGACCAAGAUAUCGAAGCAAAUGUUGAUUUUAGCACUGAACAUGUCGAAAAAGGGGAUUCUCAUACUAAAAAACUCCAGAUGGUUGUUGUCAAUAGCCACCGACAGUUGACCACCAAUCGCUGGCAGAUUCCAAAGUCUCAAAGGAACAGCCAGCACGGACUCCAUGUAAACCCAAAUCUUCAGACCUUAAAACCUGAACCUGUACGUAAGCUUGGUCCAUCCAAAGACCGAAGUUUAAUGAAUGGGAGCAAAGUUUGGACCAAGAAACUCAAAAUUGAUAGUGACGGGGAGAAAACGAAGCCACCUCCACUGCAGAGAGAGAUCAGUCACCAGAUUAAAGAAAAUAAUUGCGAAGUAAUAAUUGGUUCGAUAUCCGUCGCACUGAAUGGUUGUGUUGCCCGGAAUCAAGAUAGUAGCACAGAUGCACAAGAUAAUGGAAAUACACAGCAUCCAAUAAUCCUUAAGAAGAAAAAUGCUUCAGAAAAGCCAGUGAAAGCCAAUAAUGUUCAGUCUGGCACCACUCGAGUGGCUUAUAAGCUUUGGAGGCCUCGUGAAAUUAAAAGCAUCACCCCCGUUGAUAGAGUCAAUGGGGAUUCCCAAAUAUCUGGCCAAACACGAUUCGACGAGGAUGCUGGUUGUGAUAAUACGAAGCAAUAUCGUGUACGUUCAGAUGAAAAUGGUGGACAACAGUGUAUGCCUUUCUCAAGCAAUGCUGCAAAAGAGUUUCUUGCAAAGAGAUGGAAGGAAGCAAUCGCAGCAGACCAUGUGAAAUUAGUCCUCUCCAAAGGGCAUGAACAACCACUUCCUGGGUGCUCUGGUAGAAGUGUUCAAGUUCAGUUCAGUAAAAAAUCGGAUAAGAGUGUGAAACUUAAAUACAUUCCUAAACAAAAAGCCGUUGCCUAAGAAUAAAUGCGAGUAUACACAUUUUAGCUUAAAGCCUAUUUUCUUCACAAGAUUCCAGUUUUACUAGAGGUCUUUUAUAUGAAAUUUGGAGGCAUGUUUUUCUUGAGGAAGUGGAUUUUAUUUUUUUCCGGGGGGUAGAUUAUGUAGGUGUGUCGUCGGGAUUAUUGCUGCACAGGUGAAGUAGGGUGUUCUGAUUUUUUUUUUCCAUUGAUAUGUUUCUUUGAUGAAUUGGGUUGUACUGUCAAUUAGAGAGACUUAAGCGAUUAUCUGAUAUUUUUUGCCCGCAUAUGAUUUAGAAAGGUAAA